CUAUCCCAUAGAUGGAGAGGGGCCCUCUCUGCCCCAGUGAGCGAUUUGGGCUACGGGCCAAGUUGCCACGAGCUAGCUCCGCUGAACCACUUCUGGCCCCGUGGGGGACUCCAGUCGCCAAGCGAGAGCGCACAGGUGUCGCCAUGCCCCAAAAGCCCCGCAAUCGUGUCAGAGGCGACCGAGCCCCCGACGCCCCUAGAACGUUGCCAACAAGAAGGGGGAACGUCAGAACAGUGGCACGCCGGGCGGCGGCCGGGUGGCGGCAGGAGGGCGGCAGGAGGGCGGGCGGGGGGCAGGGUUCCGGGGAACGGGGCGGGCCAUGGCGGAGGACGGCGAGGAGGCGGAGUUCCACUUCGCGGCGCUCUAUAUAAGCGGGCAGUGGCCGCGGCUGCGCGCUGACACUGACCUUCAGCGCCUCGGUUCCAGCGCCAUGGCUCCCUCCAGGAAGUUCUUCGUGGGGGGGAACUGGAAGAUGAACGGGAGGAAGCAGAAUCUAGGGGAGCUCAUCGGCACUCUGAACGCGGCCAAGGUGCCGGCAGACACCGAGGUGGUUUGCGCUCCCCCCACGGCCUAUAUCGACUUCGCCCGGCAGAAGCUAGAUCCCAAGAUUGCUGUGGCUGCGCAGAACUGCUACAAAGUGUCUAACGGGGCCUUUACUGGGGAGAUCAGCCCUGGCAUGAUCAAAGACUGUGGAGCCACGUGGGUGGUCCUGGGGCACUCAGAGAGAAGGCAUGUCUUCGGGGAGUCAGAUGAGCUGAUUGGGCAGAAAGUGGCCCAUGCUCUGGCAGAGGGACUCGGAGUAAUUGCCUGCAUCGGGGAGAAGCUAGAUGAACGGGAAGCCGGCAUCACUGAGAAGGUUGUUUUCGAGCAGACAAAGGUCAUCGCAGAUAACGUGAAGGACUGGAGCAAGGUCGUCCUGGCCUAUGAGCCUGUGUGGGCCAUCGGCACGGGCAAGACUGCAACACCUCAACAGGCCCAGGAAGUACACGAGAAGCUCCGAGGAUGGCUUAAGUCCAACGUCUCUGAUGCAGUGGCUCAGAGCACCCGUAUCAUUUAUGGAGGCUCUGUGACCGGGGCAACCUGCAAGGAGCUGGCCAGCCAGCCUGAUGUGGAUGGCUUCCUCGUGGGUGGUGCUUCCCUCAAGCCCGAAUUUGUGGACAUCAUCAAUGCCAAACAAUGAGGCCCAUCCAUCUUCCCUAUCUUUCCUGCCAAGCCAGGGACUAAGCAGCCCAGAAGCCCAGUAACUGCCCCUCCCUGCACAUGCUUCUGAUGGUGUCAUCCGCGCCCUCUUGUGGCCUCAUCCAAACUGUACCUUCCUUUACCGUUUAUAUCUUCACCCUGUAAUGGUUGGGACCAGGCCAAUCCCUUCUUCACUUACGAUAAUGGUUGGAACUAAACAUCACCAAGGUGGCUUCUCCUUGGCUGAGAAGUGGAAGGGGUGAAAUUUACUAGUGGGUCCCCUAAGCCCUAAUGAGGGUGGGAGAGAAACCACCCUCACCGUGAGGCCAAGAUCCUCCCCUCAGAAACCAGGAGUGCCGCCCUCUCCCACGGUGCCCGUGCCUGUGUGUGUGUGUGUGAACCACCCACGUGUGAGGGAAUAAACACCUGGCACCAGGUCU